CGCCCCUCCCCCCUCCCCCGCGUCGCCGGUGUGUGAGGAGAAGGAGGCGGCCAUGGCGGCGUCGGUGGCCUCCUCGGCGGCGUCUUCGAUGGGCCCGGGCCCCGCGGGCGACGGCGGGGAGGUGUCGGGCCCGCCCGGGGAGAAGCGGGGCGGUGCGGUGGUGGGCGGGGGCCCCGAGGCCCUGGAGCUGCUGGAGCACUGCGGCGUGUGCCGGGAGCGGCUGCGGGCCGAGCGGGAGCCCCGCCUGCUGCCCUGCCUGCACUCGGUGUGCGGGGCCUGCCUCGGAAACCCCAAGCACCACAACGCCAGCAACAACAACGACGGCCCCGGGAACGUCAACGCCAGCCCCCAGGACGGACCAGUGGUGGAUUGUCCCGUGUGUAAGCACCAGUGCUUCUUGAAGGACAUUGUGGAGAACUACUUCAUGAGGGACAGUGGCAGCAAGGCCACCCCCGACAGCAAGGAUGCUAACCAGUGCUGUACGAGUUGCGAGGACAACGCCCCGGCCACCAGCUACUGUGUGGAGUGCUCAGAGCCCCUGUGCGAGACCUGUGUCGAGGCCCACCAGCGCGUCAAGUACACGAAGGACCAUACCGUCCGCUCUACGGGUCCUCCCAAGUCGCGGGACGGAGAGCGCACGGUGUACUGCUCGGUGCAUAAACACGAGCCGCUGGUGCUGUUCUGCGACAGCUGUGACACCCUCACCUGCCGAGACUGCCAGCUCAGCGAUCACAAGGACCACCAGUACCAGUUCUUGGAGGACGCGGUGAGGAACCAGCGGAAGCUGUUGGCUACCCUGGUGAAGCGGCUUGGGGAUAAACACGCCACCCUGCAGAAGAGUACCAAGGAAGUGCGCAGCUCAAUCCGGCAGGUGACGGACGUGCAGAAGCGAGUGCAGGUGGACGUGAAGAUGGCCAUCCUGCAGAUCAUGAAGGAACUCAACAAACGAGGCCGCGUGCUGGUCAAUGACGCCCAGAAAGUGACCGAAGGGCAGCAGGAGCGCCUGGAGCGGCAGCACUGGGCCAUGACCAAACUGCAGCGGCACCAGGAGCACAUCCUGCGCUUUGCCUCGUGGGCCCUGGAGAGCGACAACAACACCGCCCUGCUGCUCUCCAAGAGACUGAUCUACUUUCAGCUGCAGCGAGCGCUGAAGAUGAUCGUGGACCCCGUGGAGCCCCAGGGAGACAUGAAGUUUCAGUGGGACCUCACCGCCUGGACCAAGAGCGCCGAGGCCUUCGGAAAGAUUGUCUCUGAGCGGAGUGGCCUCUCGGGGGGCGGUCCCCCAGCCAUGGCCCCACCCAGACCCCCAGGCCUCAGUUCGGCUCCCCUUGGACCCAAAUCAGGAGUCACUGGGAGUCAGCUCAUGGACGUCCAGGAAGGAUACGGUGGCUUUGGUCCAGAAAGCAGCUACGGGAGCGUGGAGCCCCACGUGUCGGGGAUCCGGCGGCCCCGGCCCGCGGGCGAGGGGGACGUGAGCGGCAUCAUGCGCAAGGUGCCCCGCGUCAGCCUGGAGCGGCUGGACCUGGACCUGACGGCGGACAGCCAGCCCCCCGUCUUCAAGGUCUUCCCCGGCACCACCAACGAGGACUACAACCUUAUCGUCAUCGAGCGGGGCGGCCAGCAAGGGGGGCCGGGGGGCCCCGCUCCGCCCGGCAUGGCCAUAGUGAAGGAGGAAGAGACCGAGGCCGCCAUCGGGGCCGGGCCGGGAGCGGAGGGGGUGGAGACGAAGCCGCUCCUGCUGCCUCCCCUGGAGCCGUCCGCCGGCGAGGGGCCGCGCCUGGCCUCCCCCAGCGGCAGCACCAGCUCGGGGCCGGAGGUGCUCGGCGGCCCGGAGGCCGGGGUGGCCGCCGGCGGCCCGGGCCCCGCCGCCUGCCGCGUCUGCCAGAAGGCCGGCGAGCUGGUGGCGUGCGGUCAGUGCGAGCUCUGCUUCCACCUCGACUGCCACCUGCCCGCCCUGCAGGAGGUGCCCAGCGAAGACUGGAGCUGCUCCCUGUGCCAGGACCCGCCGGACGGCAAGGAGGACGACGGCGCCCUGGCCGCGAGGGCCGCCGCCUCCCCCGUCCCCGGUGCCGACCCCGCCUCCGCCCCCCGGCCCGCCAAGCUGUCCGCCGCCAGUCAGCAGAAGUGUGAGCGAGUUCUGCUGGCCCUGCUGUGCCACGAGCCCUGCCGGCCCCUGCACCGGCUCUCCGCGCCCCCCGCCUCCGCCUCGGAGCGGCCGACCACCGUGGACCUGACGCUGAUCCGGGCCCGGCUGCAGGAGAAGCUGUCCCCGCCCUACAGCUCGCCCCAGGAGUUCGCCCAGGACGUGGGCCGGAUGUUCAAGCAGUUCAACAAGCUCACGGAGGACAAGGCGGAGGUGCAGUCCAUCAUCGGGCUGCAGCGUUUCUUCGAGACCCGCAUGAACGAAGCGUUCGGAGACACUAAGUUCUCGGCGGUGCUGGUGGAGCCGCCCCCCGGCUCGGGCCCCCUGGCCCUGGAGCUGGGGGCCGGCCCCGCUGCCCUGUGAGAGACCGCCACGCUCCCUUCCCGCCCCUGCCCCUGCUCCCUCCGCCCCCAGCCUUA